AUGUUUUACGAUUGGAGUGCUUUUUGGCGAGCAACUGCUGCAGGCAUAUUUACAUACUCGACGAUUCAUCAUAUUUUAGCUAGAUUUAUUUCACGUAAAGAUGCACGGCAUCAUUGGAAACGUAUUAAUAUAGCAACAUCAUUUAUUCAUUCUAUUCUUGCAUCUAUUAGUAGUAUUUAUGUUUUCAUUGAAAAUCCUGCUAUGUGUACAACGGAUAUAAUUUCAUCGUUUACGCCAAAUGCUUAUUCUUAUAUUUCCUUCGAACUUGGUUAUUUUAUUUUUGAUUCAAUUGAUAAUCUACGACAUCCAUCCGGUCGACACACAUACGAAAUUCUUUUACAUCAUAUCACUAUUAUUGGAUGUUUUGGUAUUUCACUUUAUCUAGGUCGCUAUAUUGGUUAUUGUGUUAUUAGUUUAUUUAUUGAAAUUAAUAGUAUUUUUUUACAUUUACGACAAUUAUUUUUACUUUUCAAUAAAUCUAAAUACGAUAGAAUUUAUCGUAUUAAUAAUAUUAUAAAUUUAAGUACAUUUGUGGUGUUUCGUUUUGGUGCUGUUAUAUUUAUGUUUAUAUGGUUAAUAAUGAAUCGAUCGAAUGUACCAUUAAUUCUUUCCUUUAUUGGACAUUCAGGCUUGGCAAUAAUGACAAUAAUUAAUUGUUAUUUACUUUAUCGAUUGUUAAAAAGUGAUUUUUCAGUUAAAAAUGAGUAA